AUGGAAAAAUAUAAUUUGAAAGAAGAUAAUAUCAUGGAUCCAGAUAACAGUGAUAAUCCAAAUAUUAAUGAUAACCUAAAUAUUAAUGAUAACCCAAAUAGUAGGGAUAAUCCAAAUGAUAGGGAUAACCUUAAUAAUAAUGAUAACCCAAAUAUUAAUGAUAACCCUAAUAAUAAUGAUAACCCUAAUAAUAAUGAUAACCCUAAUAAUAAUGAUAACCCUAAUAAUAAUGAUAACCCUAAUAAUAAUGAUAACCCAAAUAUUAAUGAACAAUACUUGAACAACUUUUUAACAAAAGAAGGAGAUAAUUAUAUUGAUGAGGAUUUGUUGGUAUAUACAAAAAAUGAAUUUCUUUAUGCUUAUAAAGAAUUAAUAUUAGAUAAAAAGGGUCUGGGAGAAGAUCAUGAAUUACCUUUAUGUAGUAAUAAAUUUAAAUUUCCGGAAUUAGAAAAAAAUAUUCGAAACUUCGAUGAAGAUAAUGAUCAACAAUAUAAUGUAUCUUUUGAAAGGGACUUUGAUAAUAGGAGAUUAAAUGAUGAGCACGAUUUUAAUAAUGAAAAAAAUAGAUAUAAAAAUAGAAACGAAUUCUUUUACAACAACAACAAUAAUAAUAAUAAUAAUAAUUAUAAUAAUAAUUAUAAUAAUGAAAGAAACGAUUUUUAUUGUAGAAAUAAUUUGAAUGAUUCAUUUGAUUCAUUAAAUAAUAAUGAUAAUAAUAAUAUGAAUAGGAGAAGUAACUUUUCUAUACGAAAUAAUAAAUUUAAUAAAUUUCAUGACAAUAAUAUGUCAAACUUAAACAAUAAUAAUAAUAAUAAUAAUAAUAAUAAUCACAAUAAUAAUAAUAAUAAUAAUAAUUUUGAUCAUAACAAUAGAAAUAGUUAUAAAAAGAGUAAUUAUGCUACAGAUAAUAGUAACAAUAAUAAUAAUAAUUUAAAUAAUAAUAAUAAUAUGAGUGGUACGAAAAAAUUGUUAUGGAGAGAUAGUGAUAAAACAGGAAGUAUGUCCACGUGGCGCUUAGGAAAAAAUUCUGUAUCAAAUCAUAAUUCUUCCAUGAAUCAUAUGAAUAAUAAUAUGAACAAAUUAAAUAAUACAAAUAUGAUGAUGUCCCAUAAUAAUAACAAAAUGAGUGAUAAUAAAAGAGGACAUAAGACAUUUAAUAAAAAUUAUAAUAAUGAUGCAAAGAGUAACAUAUCUAGUGAUAUGAAAAAUAGUACAUCUCAUGAGAUUAACGUGGAUAAUAUGAAUAAUUACAUGCACCACCUUUAUAAUAAUAAUGAUAUGACAAAAAUGAAUAAUAAAAAUAAUUACACUAAAGAUAGAAAUAUAAUACACAUGAAAAGAGAAGAUUAUUAUACAAAUGAAAGCCAUUACAAUGAUGGAUUGAAUAAUACAAAUAAUAUUAAUCACAUGAAUAAUAAUAAUAAUAUUAAUAAUAAUAAUAAUAAUAAUAAUAAUAAACAUAUGAACAAUUUUGGAAAUAAUCAACUUCCUUAUAUUCAACAUAUGAAUAAUAAUGAAAGUGGAGCAGGUGGAGCAGGUGGACCAAACGAUAUUGUUGCUGAUCAUUCCAAAAGAAAUGUAGAAAAUUUUAACAGUCCAAGUUUUGUUAGUGUUAAUAAAAACGGUAACAUCCAAAAUAACUCAUCAAAUUAUUAUAAUAAAGGUGUUAACAAUGUAACCAAGAAGGGAAGCGAAAUGUAUAAUACUUCUUAUUAUGGGCUCUCUCCUAAUAUUAAUAAUAAUAUGGAUGAUUGGAAAAUGAAAAAAUACAAAAAAUUUAGCAAUAAUAAUAUGAAUAGUAUGAAUAAUGUAAAUAAUGUAAAUAAUGUAAAUAAUGUAAAUAAUGUGAAUAAUGUGAAUAAUGUAAAUAAUGUGAAUAAUGUAAAUAAUGUAAAUAAUGUAAAUAAUGUAAAUAAUGUAAAUAAUGUAAAUAGUAAUGCUCAUUAUAAUAAUCAUCAUCAUUUAAAUAACGCAGGUGUUCAUGAAUCGUAUCGUUUGAUAGAAGAAAAGUUUAAAAAGGAUAGCAUUCAAAAUGAAUAUCCAAACAACCUAUAUAUGAAUAAGAAUAAUGAAAUGAAUAAAAUGGGCCCCAAUUCUAUAAACCUUAUUCGAGAUAACAACAAUAAUAAUAAUAACAAUUUCAAUUAUAAUAAUAACUUUAAUUAUAAUCAACAUCAAUAUGGACAAAAAGGAAGUAUCAAUGUUAAUGUCACAAAUAAUAUAAAUACACAUAAUAAUGCUAAUAAUACUUUUAAUUAUAUGAACAAUGUAACUAAUAAUAACGAUGUCGUAGAAAAAAAUAAAGGAUAUUAUAAAGACUCCUCAAAUAAAAAUAUGAACAAUAAUAAUAUUGGCAAUAAUAAUACUACUGUUUUUGAAAACAUGGAAAAUAACUUAGCUAAAAAAAGUGAAAAAAGUAAUACCCCUUCGCAUCACUCUUUUGAUAACGCAAAAAACCAAACCACCAAUUUUACUGGAUCACAUUAUUAUAAUAAAAACUUAAGAACAAACGAAAAAAGAAACUCAAAAAAUGAAAAAAGUGUUAUAGAAGAUGAUUGGAGCUUAAUAAGGAAAAAAAGUAGCAUCACAGAUAAUAAAAAGGCAUCUGAUGAUUUGUUGUGGCAUAAAAUGAGUGAACAAUUUGAUAGAAAUAAUAAAAGCAUAUUAGAAUUGUCAGAAAAAAAAAAAGACCAAGUUACCAAUAAAAAUGAUAAUAAACCAGAAGCAAAAAAUAAGAAUAAGGAAUCAUCAAAGGAUAAAAAAAAUGAAGGAUGUAACGUAAAUAAUAAGAAGGAUGAAAAAAAUAAUAAUAAUAAUAAUGACGAUCCAGAUAAUAAUAACAAUAAUAAUAGUAAUUAUAAUACUGGUACGACUCCUUUAACAAAUACUGCCAUGACAGGUGUAAAAGGAAAAAACACAAAUAGCAACAACAAUAAUAAUAAUAACAACAAUAAUAAUAAUAACAACAACAAUAAUAAUAAUAAUAACAAUAAUAAUAAUAAAAGUAAUCGUAUGUAUGGAAUGGCCACUUCAUCAAAUAUCAAGGAACAUCCUGUAGAUAGAAAUAAUUACAAUAAAGAUAAAAUUAUGAAUAAUAACAUGUCCGUUUUAAAAAAUAAAAAAAAUAAUGAAAGUGUGUUUACCAAUGGAAGUAGUAAUAUAAAUAGUGUGAAUAAUAUGUUUAAGGAAAACGAAAUGAAUGUAGAGAAAAAAAAAAAAAAAAAUGUAGAAUUAAAUAUUCAUGGUGAAAAAAAUGAUAACCAAUUAAAUUCAAAAGACGGUAAUAAUUCACCCAGUAAACUUAACAGCAACCAAAAUAAUAAUAAUAAUAAUAAUAAUAAUAAUAAGCAGAAGAAAAAAAAAAAGAAAAAUGAAAAAGAUAAUAAAUUGACCAAAAAUGUAGAAGAUAAUGAUGUGAACAAAAAAUUGUACAAUGCAUUAGAUAACAUGGCAUCUGAACUAAAACAAAAAGAUAUUUUGUUAAAUGGGAAUGAUGAAAAAACAAAUAAUAAUAUUCAUAAUAAUGAAAGUCAUAAAUCAUAUGUUCAUGAAAAUUAUGUAUUUGGAGAUAACCAAAUUAAUAAUUAUUAUUGGAAUAAACAACAAAAUAAUAAUAUUACAUAUGAAUUAGAUCAUAAUAAUAAUGAUAAUUUGAUGCAAAAAAAUAUUAUGUUGAUGGAUAAUAUUCCUCAAGAUAGUUUAUUACAAAAAAUUAAAAAUAAUAAUAUGAGUGUAGAAAAUUUAAAUAAUGCUCUUUUAAAUACUCAUGUUAAUAAAAAUAUGGAAAUGAUGAAUAUAUCUAAAAAUAUUAAAAAGGAACAUUCAAAUGAAUGUUUUACCCAUAAUGAUAAUGAGGUAUAUAAUACGGAGGAAUUAAAAUUAAGAGAAUUCAAAAAUAAAAAUAAUAAUAUCAAUUUUACAAAUAAUAAUAUGAACCUAACAAAUAAUAAUAUUAAUUGUGAUCAAUCACCAUUUGAGGAAAAUUUUUCUAAUGACCACUUUCAAUAUAUUGGACAUAACAUAAAUGAAAAUAUGGACAAAAGGAGGAGUGUUUCUAACAUGCAUAUGUCACAUGUGAAUAGAAAUAGUUUUGUGGAAAGACAAAAGGAAUAUUUAGUAAGCGAUGAAAAUAUCACAUUUAGAUUAGAUAAUCAAAUGAUAUUUAAGAAAAUUGCAGAAACACUUAAUAUUGAUGAAUCCGUUUUGAAUAAGUUAAGUGAUUAUGAUAAACAGGAGCUUUUAAAACAUUUAUCUUUGAAUAAUACAAAUGUCUCAGAUACAUUAGAAAAUAAUAAUAAUGAUAAUAAUAAUAAUAAUAAUAUGUAUAAUACAUACCAUAUGAACAAUAAUAAUAAUAAUAUGAUGUUGAAUAAUUUUCAUAAAAAUAAUAUUCCACAAGGUUAUCGUGAUGAACUUGUCGAAGAGAAUAUACAUGAAAAUGUUGACAUGUUACAAAAUAGAUGUAGUGAAAAAAUAAAUUCUAAUGCACCUUCGAAUGUAUAUUCUGAAUGUAUGUUGAAUAAAUCUGACGAAGAAAAUAAAUCAGAUGAUAUGAAUAAUGAUAAUAUCAACAAUAUGAAUAAUGACAAUAAUAUCAAUAAUAAUAAUUUCAAUAAUAAUAAUAACAAUAAUAACAAUUUCAAUAAUAAUAAUAACAAUAAUAACAAUAAUAACAAUUUCAAUAAUGAGGAUGAUAAUAAUAAAAGUACAUGUAAGGCAUCGAAAAAUGAUAACAAAUGGUUACGUUUUUUUAGAUUUAACAAAAAAACGAAUCCAAAUGAAGAAAAGAUAUUAAAAGAAUUGUCACAAGAAGAAGAUACCAAUAAAAAUGGUCUUGGGGAAAUCAUAAAUGUUACAAAUAAUAAACAAGAUAUUAAUAGUAAUAGUUGUAGUAGUAGUAGUAGUAGUAAUAAUAAUAAUAAUAAUAAUAAUUCUUUAAAGAAAUAUUCAAAUAUCAUGGAGAACACAAAUAAUCAUGUAAAUAAUAAUAGUAAUCAUAUGAAUGAUAAUAAUAUUAAGAUGAACACUGUAGAUACAUAUAUACCAUGUGACAUUAAUGAAAAUAAAAAAGAACAAUUAUUUUUAUUAGAAAAAUCAACUUCAAAUUGUGAUGAAGAAACAAGACAUAGAAAUAAUACCAGCAUAAGCAGUAGUGUUAAUGUAACCUUAGAUAAAAGUACCAACUCAACAUAUCAAAGAACGAACUCCUCCAUGAUCAUUAUGCAAAAUGUUAUAGGAAAAAAUAGUAAUAAUAAUGAUACAGUAGGAAAUUCAAGUAGUACAGAAGAUAUUAACAAAGUCCCAAAAAAUACUCUUGUAAUAAAAGAACAACAUAAAGUAAAUGAGGGAUUAUUAAAAGUUGAUGAUAAUGAUGAAGAAAAUAAUAGUAUUUUAAAAAAUAUUAAAAUUAUGAAUAAAAUAAAUAAAUUAAAUGGAGAUAUAUGGCAAUAUAAAGAUCCAAGUGGUAAUGUACAAGGACCUUUUUCUUCAGAACUUAUGUUUUAUUGGUGGUGUCUAAAUUAUUUUCCUUAUGAUUUGCCAAUCCGUUUUAAUGAAAGUAUGCCAUGGGUUCGAUUUAAUGAUAUGUUUCCCUUCGGAUCUUUUCCUUUUGUACUUCCUUUAACUUCUAUGAAAAAGAAUUUGAAGAAUGUAGAACCUGAGGACGACUUUGGUAGUUUAAAUAGUAACAUAAUGAAAAAUAAUAAUAAUAAUAUGGUUAGUGCUCAUAUGAUGUAUAAUAACAUGAAUGGUCGCUUAUUAAAUAAUAUGAACAAUGUUAAUCUGAUCAAUGCUGAACCAUAUAAGAAUAUCCUAUCGGAUAAUAACAAUUUGAAGUAUCUUUCAUUUAACAAAAGUGCAGGCGAAGCAAUGUAUAAUAUAAAUAAACAAGAAUAUGUGGACGAUUUAAAACAAGAAUUAUACAAUGCGAAAGAAUAUAUUGAUUUGCUUAAAGAAAAAAAAAUGCAACUUGAAACAUGUAUCAUGCAAUUACGAAAAAAAGAUCAAACAGAUGAAGACGACAUAAAGACUAUUGCUCAGUAUAACAAAAAUUUGGAAGUCUUGAAAAGAAUGAUUGAUGUGGAGCAAGAAAAAUUUCUGAGAAUGAGCAAUAUUAAUAAUAUGAACAAUAUGAAUAUUAUGAAUAAUAUGAAUAUUAUGAAUAAUGUGAACAAUAUGAAUAGUGUGAACAAUAUGAACAAUAUGAACAAUAUGAACAAUAUGAACAAUAUGAACAAUAUACAUAAUAACGUACAAUAUAUGAACAAUAUAGAAAUCGAAAACACAACUCAUCCAUAUACAACAGUUGGGGAAAAUAAAAAGGAUUGUUUUGAUAUAUUAAAUAAUCAAAUGAGAUCUGAAAAUUUGAAAAACGUAUUAAAAGAUGUCUUAAAAAUGAAUACUCCAGGUAGUACUAUGACAAAUAAUUACCAUAUGAAUAUAAAAGAAAACAAUGGUACUACGUUAAGAGAUUCUCAUCAUUACGUCACAACAACAACAAAUAAUAACAACAAUAAUAAUAACAACAAUAAUAAUAAUAACAACAACAAUAAUAACAAUAAUAAUAAUAAUAAUAACCCUUCUAGUAGUAAUCUCAUUAAUACGUUGAAUACAUUCCUAUCCGAUAAAGAUAAUUCUUUGCAUGCUGUGAACCCAUCCGUACUACUUAAUGAUAAAUUAAAUUAUCUAACGAACACAUUAUUGCAAAACAAAAAAGAAAAUAUUCUUCUCAAUCUAAAUAAUAAUAUGAACGAAAUAGAUAUUUUAAACUUUCUUCAUAUGGAACAUAAAAAAAAUAUGUCUCUUACUCAAGAAAAUAUUACUCCACAAAAUGAAAAAGAUACUUAUAAUGAAAGUGCAAAUAAGAGUUUAUAUAAUGAUAUGGAUUUAAAUUAUAACAACAACCAAAACAACAACAAUAAUAAUAAUAAUAAUAAUAAUAAUAAUAACCAAAUAGAUAAUCUCUUACAUAAAUUUAUCACCAAUAAUGAUGCCAUACAUUUAGAAAAUGAAAAAAACACACUAAAAAUUAUAAACGAGAACCUACCAAAUAACCAAACUAAUAAUAAUGGAAAUCCAGAAGAAUCAUCGCUUACAUACAAUAAUAAUAAAAAUGUUAUUACUGCAGAUAAAAUGAUUACAACUCUUGAUAAUAAUAUUAUACAUAAAGAUAAUACUAUUAAAAAUGAGGAUAAUAAAAAAAGAAAAUCAAUUGUAACCACAACAACAACCGUGGUUAAGGAACAAAAAAAAAGUGAACAACUUGAUGACAAGGUUAAUAAAAAUAAUAAUGCCUCCUUAACAAAAAAAGAAAAAAAAAAUAAAAAAGAAGAAAAUAAAAUCUUAGAUACUGAAAAAGAAAAAUUAAAAAAGAAAAGCCAACUUAUGGAAAAUAGCUCAAAAGAACAAUUACCUGAUUUAAACAAAGAUAAAAAAACUAAAAAUAAAAAAAAAAAAAAAGAGGAAGGAAUGGAUAAUACAAUAAAUAACAACAAUAAUAUAGUACCAACCAAUGUUGUACAAAAACAAACAAAUAAAAGUCAAGAAACUUUAAAUCACCUUUUAAAAGAAGAAACUAUACAAAAAAAACAUAAAAAAGAUAGUAAAGUACUAAUACCUUCAAAAGCAGAACAAGACAAAAAAAGUAUUAUCAAAAAUGACAACAAAAAUAAAAAUAAUCAAAAUAAUCAUAUUAUUAAUAACAAUCAAGUUUUAAGUAAUAAUCUUGAAGAGAAAAAAAAAGGAAGCAUAAUAGAAAUUAGCAAAAAUGAUAAAACAAAAGAAAAAACAAACGAUAAAACAAACGAAAAAGUAAGCGAAAAAACAAACGAUAAAAUAAACGAUAAAAUAAACGAAAAAACAAACGAAAAAACAAACGAAAAAACAAACGAAACAAAUAAUAAUGUACCAAAAAAAAAAGUCGAAAAAAUGAAAUGGACUAUAUUAAGUGAGAGAAAAAUAGAUAAACUAGUAGAUAUAAUGAAAGGAGAAGAAAAAAAUAUAAAUAUGCAAAUUAAAUUAGAGAAUUCAAAAAAAAAAUUAUUAAAUAAUAAUAUCAAUAAUAAUAUUAAUACUAAAAAAUCUGGAUGGGAUAUCAAUCAUAAUAAUAAUGAAAAAAAUUCAGAUGUUGCAGACUUUCCAUAUUUAACAACAGGUGUUAAAACAAAUAAAGUUAAAACAUCAAAUAAAAAUACAGUAAAUAAUAAACUUAAUAAUACAAUCAAUCAAGAACUUAAUAAUGUAGACAAAAAAAAUAAUAACAAUAAUAAAGCUAAUGAUAAAAAAAAAUGGAAAAAUGAUAAUCAUGACAAUAAUGUAUCGAUAGCUGAAGAAAAUAAGAAAUUUCCACCACUUGUUAAUUCUCUUAACGUUAAAUCCGAAAAUAAGAAAAAAUCAAUUUCCCAUGAACACCAAGCAACAGAUUUAAAGCAGUUAACAGCAUUGUGCAAAUUACCCUUGGAUGAUUCAUUGCUAAAUUUUUUGAAAAAUUUUAAAAAAGCUGAUGAAAUAUAUACUUUUCUUCAACAUAGUGUAGAGGAUAAAAAAAAAUUAAACCAUUUUGCUAAUGAAUUUAUCAGAAUAAACAAUAAAAAUAAUACAAAUAAUAAUGAAAAAAAAAAAAAAUAA